UCUUUCACAUUCAACAGGGGACAGUCCCCAGGGCAGGAACAGAUCACAGUAGGAACGUAAAGCACGGUCCAACGUUGUCACUCUCAAAACUGCUCCCCAACAUGGGAGGAGUAGUUCAAGCCAGCCAACGGGGGACUUUGAUAACCGGGUAAAAGUGCAAAUGUUUAUAUUAUAUUGUUGUACGCAGUAGAUACACGGUUAUCCCCAUUGUCCAGUUUAUCUCUUCCAUCAAUGAUAUUUCAUGCUAAGCCUGUAAACAAAGCGGCAUCUUGACAUUUGAUCUCACCGAAAAUUGAGGAGUCGAACGUUAUUUAUAGUUAGCCUCACGUCACUGCGUUGUAAGAUUAGCAAGCGUGCUAAAUUGGGAAUUCAUAUGAGGCGUCACACAAAUUAAGAGAAAUAUGUCAACAACAUCGUUGGAUAAAGGAUUGCAAGAAGGUUUGCGAGAGGCAAGUGCCAUCGGAGACAUUGACGAAGUGCGGAGGCUGGUCGAGAGCGGAGUAAAUGUCAACUCUCAGAAUGAAAUCAACGGCUGGACGUGUUUGCAUUGGGCAUGCAAACGAAACCACAAACACGUAGUGGCAUAUCUACUGAACUCAGGAGCUGAUCAGAAUAUUGUGACGGCGAAACAGGAGUUGGCAGUACAGCUGACAUCCAAACCUGAGAUUAGAAGACUGCUUGGAGUGGAAGAGGAGGAAGUGCCUGAGGUGAAGGAGCCGGAGUUGCCAAUCAUUCCCAGCUACAUGUCCAACCCACCCUUCCUGUUCAGCAAGCUAGAUGCAGACAACGGCUUGAUGUUAGCACAAAACGGCAGCCAGAAUGGCUCCAGCGACCAUCAACUUACAGAUGACCCAGACAGUGAGCCGGCCACCCUCUCCCCGACCACCCUCUCCCCGACCCAGGAGCACCCUCCUCCCUCCUCACAGCCCCCGCCCCCGCAGCAGCCAUCCCAGCCAUCCUCGCUCUCACCAAUGUCUCCACCAUCGCAUCCCAUCACCUCACCUCACACCGCACCCUCUCCGCUCCAGCUACAUCAAGCACAAUCUCAUCCGCCCUCGUCGCUGCCCAGCCCCAGAGACGGUGGGCUCAUCCCGGUGUCAGAGCAGAACGGCGUGGCCUCCUCCACUCCCACGCCCACCAUGAACGGUGGCCUGCCCAUCGAGAUCUCCGAGACCCACCACCCACACAUGCGGUCGCAGAGCACUAGCAGCAGCAGCAGCAGUGGUGGAGGUGGUGGAGGAGGAGGGCACAAUGGGGCCCACAGCGCCCUGAGCAGACAGCAGUCCAUCCCUCAGCAGUCCCUCCCCCAGCAGCUCAACGGGCCCCAGACCAUCACCCCCGGCUCCAUGCCUGCCUUCCAGCCUUUCUUCUUCACCAGCACCUUCCCCGUCAGCUGUCGAGAGCUGGUCCUGAAGGUGCGUAUCCAGAACCCCAACGCCCGUGAGAACGACUUCAUCGAGGUGGAGCUGGACCGGCAGGAGCUUACGUACCGCUCUCUGCUGCGCGUCUGCUGCCGGGAGCUGGACAUCAGCGCCGAGCACGUGGAGAAGAUACGCAAGCUUCCCAACACCAUGCUCAGAAAGGAUAAGGACGUGGCGCGGCUUCAGGAUUUCCAGGAGCUGGAGGUGGUGCUGGAGAAGGCUGAGGGGCUGUCCCUCUUCACGGGCUCCGGCCUGGCCGACCGGCCCUGCUACAACAUGAAGGCCUCGCGCCUCACCUACUAAUCUGCCCCACUUCCACCUCCCCACCCUGCCUACAGGGGGCCCCCUGGCGCCACUCCAUCUGACGCCAUCCCACCUCAUCGUUUGGGUUCUUCUUUUGUUAUUUUGGGUAAAGUUCUUUUGCGAUGUGUCAUAUCAACCACCAUCAACAAACUUAAAUAACCAAGCAGAAUCAGACCCUGGAAGGUUUCGGUUCCUUUCGCGGGUCUCUACCAUCAUGAUAUGACUUGAUUCCUCAUUGGUAACAUCAUGAUGCUAAAAUGUCUCAGACCCAUUGUGUCUCCCCCUUAGUGAUUUAGCCAAGCAUGGAUCCUUUGGUGGAUAGCCAGAUAGUCGUUAGCUCUGGGUACCUCUGUUGUCACUUGUUUAUUUGUUCCUUUACAUACCGUCCCCAUCAAACACACAUACGCAAACACAUACGCAGUAUCGUUCCUCGGAGGACAAGUCAUCCUGCAACUUGCUGUCAUCACUGUCUGUCUUCGCCUCUCUCUGUUGUAGGAAAGACGAGAGAGGAAAGGAGACUAGCUGCCUACACUACACUACAGUACUUUGUUCCAUUCCUCCACCAUGGCUCUGUGUCACCAAUGUUAACUAGUGUCCUUAUUAGUGCUCUUCGGUGUGCCAUGGAAAAGCUACAAUGUAGCGACCAGCGCUAGCUAGCGCGCUAAUGCUAACCACUUAUGUACCCUGGUUCUUUUUUGGGGGGAGCUGUUUUUCGAGGCUGUUAGAGCAUAUUUUUGGGGUUUUAGCUGCUUGUCUGCAAAUGCUGUGUGGGAAAUCUUUCAUUAAACAGUAUGCGAGGACACUUGAUAAAAAAAAUCCCUGGCUGCAAAGUAUGGUUAUGUAUGUGUUUUUAACUUUUUUUAUUUCUUUCUUUUUCUGGUUUUCGUAAGAACCCAUGAGCACUUUACUGAGUUGGCACCCCAUCAUAUGUGAUACUUGAGAAGUUUGUUUGUUUCUGUUCUCCUCCUUCGCGUCGUUUGAGUGAAUUUUUGUCAAUAGCUGUGUUACAUCUAAAACCAAAUACUUAUAAAUAACCAUUUUAGUAAGUCUACUGAGAGUCAAAACGGUUGAAGUAUAACUUUGUAUUAAUAAAACGCUUGAGAAAACCA